AUGGUGAAGCUGGCGACGGUGCACAAGUGCCGCGCGUACAGCCUCGGCGCGGGGUCCGGCAGCGCGGCGUCGCACAACCGGUGGGAGUACAUCAACGCCGGCGUGUACGUGUUCGCGGUGGUCCUCCUGGUGGCCGGGUUCCUGGCGCAGCUCCUCCUCCUCGCGCCGUGGAUCGGCCGGGCGGGCCUCGUGGCGAUCGCGAUCGGGCUCGCUGCCGUGCUGGCCGUCAACGCGCACGACCUCCUGGCGCACGUCGCCGGCGUCGACUACCGCCUCGGGACGGCGGCCAGCAGCCAACCUCCAACACCUCCGUCGUCUUCGCCGCGGUUUGUACAAUCCAUAUCCUCGAUCUGUGCUGCAUGA